CUAUUUUUAUUAUUAAUUAUAAAAGACCAAGCCUAAACAAAAAAGGGGCCAAACAAGAUACCUAUGGACCCAAAGUCACAAACCUAAAGCCCAAAGAUAGGGUACCAAUCCCAAAGCCCAAAAACCCACACAAGCCCAAAAACAAACAGACACGCCAUUAUCCUCACGCGACGCGUUUAAUGCGUAAGUGGACACGUGUUGAUCCCUCAGACAACGAGGAACACGUGUCGAACGGCCCUCACGUCUUCACCGCCAAGAGGUUCUCCGCCGGAGAAAACUGGAGUUAUUCACCGGAGAGAUUCCGAGAACAACUCGACAACGAAACCUCUUCACCACCACAUACGAACUGGAAACAAGCUGUUCCACCAUGAACAGCCAUCGCCACAUCUCGAGUCUCUUAGAAACACUUACGGAUCUACAAAACACCAGGGAAUCUUAAACCGCCUACAAUCGAUCCAUCGCCAUCUAGAAGAUAUGUCGGAGAUUGAGAUCGAGAAGCUGGAAAACUGAAGUUCUGUUUCGUAGAUCCAAGAAAUCCGGCGGCAUAAGGCAAAGGGCCUCCACACCCCAGAGUCAUAAGUCGGAGGUGGCGGAGCUAUAGAAUCCUCCCCAUCCCGGAGCCAGAAGAAACGAACAUAAAUCAUAUCGAAAGAGAAACCAUUUCCCGAUCGACGGUGGUACAGAGAAACCACAUGCCGAUCCGAUAUUUUUCCAAAAAUCUUUUGUAGAGAGGGGUCGGAGGAUUUUUCUCUCUCUCUCUCUACUACAAUUUUACCCUGACUUUAUACUGUAAAGCUUUUCUUUCGUUUGUCAACUUGUAUAAAACAUUUAUUUGGCCUAUAAAUACGCUUCACCUCCACCGCAGGCAUCUCCCUCUUGAAACCUAUCAUCAGAGAAAAACAAAAAAAAAAAAACAAACAGAGAAUAUGUGUGGCGGUGCUGUAAUUUCCGAUUUUGCCCCUAGCGUCACCAGAGCCAAGGGUAGGAAACUCACGGCGGAGGAGCUCUGGUCAGAGCUUGAUGCUUCUGCCUGCGAUGAUUUUUGGGGUUUUGACUCCACCUUCAAGCUUCAUUCCUCCAAACGACAAGUGACGUUGAAAGAUGAGGCGGCGAACAAAGAGAAGGAGCCGGCGGCGACGGAGAAACGGAAGGAGAGGAAGAACGUUUACAGAGGGAUACGUAAGCGUCCAUGGGGAAAAUGGGCGUCAGAGAUUCGAGACCCAGAAAAAGGCGCCAGAGUCUGGCUUGGUACGUUCAACACGGCGGAGGAAGCCGCCAUGGCGUAUGACGUGGCGGCGAAGCGUAUCCGCGGCGAUAAAGCCAAACUCAACUUCCCAGAUCUUCUUCAUCAUCCUCCUCCGGUGCUGCCAUCAUCUCCACGACCGGAAGAUCAGCCUCCGGUGAAGAAGCUAUGUGUUUCCUCUCAGAGCGAGUUGACUCGGUCUAGUUUCCCGGUGGAGUGCAUUGGGUUCGGGAAUGGAGACGAGUUUCAGAACAUGAGUUGCGGAUUUGGACCGGACUACGAUCUCAAACAGCAGAUAUCGAGCUUGGAGUAUUUCCUUGAGCUGGACGGUACCACACCGGAGCAGCCGAGUCUGCUCGACGAGUCCGGGUCCGAGGUUGAUUUAUGGAUGCUUGAUGAUGUCAUCGCGUCGUAUGGAUAAAAACAUCUAUACUCUACUAAAAGGCAAAUAAGCUAGGCAUAUAGAGUGUCCACGUUGGAUAAAAUAUUCGGACCAAUCAGAAACCUGUUUUUUGACACGUCGGAUAAGCUUAACCGUGUAAGAAGAGUUAUUUAGCUUAAGCCUGUAUUGAUCCAUUCCUUUCUUCAUGUGGGCUUCGACAUAUGGGCUUAUUCAGAAACCUGAUGUUUUAAGUAUUUGUUUUGCAGUUUAAUUAUUAACUUAUGCUUUCCUUUCAGUUGGCACCUUUCUGAGUUUUUUUCCUUCAAACAGUUUUACUACUUUAAUUGCACUUUUAAAAAUGCUACGUAAUGAUUACCUUCUUCAGCAUUACUCUACUUUCUUUAUUUAUAAACUGAUUGCCAUUCAGUAGCUUCUCUGAUCAACUUUCGUUGUUAUAAAAUGGUACUUCCAUUGUACUUCUGUUGUAAGCUUUGAACUGGAGUGAAAAUGGUACUUCUGUUGUUAGUUUGAACUGGAGUUAUUCCUUCUCUUAGAUCAUCUUCAGCAUUACACAUCUUUCAACAAAAAAAUUUAUAAACUGAUAUCACAUUAUCAUGUUUGCAAUGAUAGCUUCUCAAUUAGUAUUCCUUUCUACAAUGUAGUUAUAGUUGCUAAGUGUACCACAUUAGACAAUAACGGCUAACAGACAUUUUAAAAUUUCUGUUCAUAAAAAGUAAAGAAAGUUUUUUUAAAAAUAGUGUUUUAAGUUUAACAAAACAAAUAUUAAGGACAUGAAGUAAGAAAACAAACAAAAUCACUAUUUUAAAUGUUUUUACUGGAAAUAAAAAAAAUAAUAAAAAAUUAAUGUUUUUGGAUCAUAGUUUUGGACUAAAAAUAUAUUGAAAACUCCUCUAAUUAGUAUACAAAAAACUCCUCUAAUUAGUAUACAAAAAUUCAUGUUUGAUAACAACGUAAUAACCUGAUCGUAUUUUCAAAAUAGUAAUUUUAAAUCAACUAAUAUAUAAUAAUAAAAUUUAAAUAAAUUGUGAAUAUAUAUUGAGAAUAUUUUUAUUAUCAUUUUACAUUGAGUUUUAAUCCAGAUUAAUAUUUUAGCUAUCCCAUUUUACAAUGGGAUAUAGUGUACCACAUUAGACAAUAACGGCUAACAGACAUUUUAAAAUUUCUGUUCAUAAAAAGUAAAGAAAUUUUUUUAAAAAUAGUGUUUGAAGUUUAACAAAACAAAUAUUAAGGACAUGAAGUAAGAAAAAAAAAACAAAAUCACUAUUUUAAAUGUUUUUACUGGAAAUGAAAAAAUAAUAAGAAAUUAAUGUUUUUGGAUCAUAGUUUUGGACUAAAAAUAUAUUGAAAACUCCUCUAAUUAGUAUACAAAAAACUCCUCUAAUUAGUAUACAAAAAUUCAUGUUUGAUAACAGCGUAAUAACCUGAUUGUAUUUUAAAAAUAGUAAUUUUAAAUCAACUAAUAUAUAAUAAUAAAAUUUAAAUAAAUUGUGAAUAUAUAUUGAGAAUAUUUUGAUUAUCAUUUUACAUUGAGUUUUAAUCCAGAUUAAUAUUUUAGCUAUAGCUAGAUUGUAAGAUUUGUUUUUGCUUAUAACUAAACAAAUAAUAUAGUAAUAAUAAUUGCUGGAAAAAUAUAGUAAUAAUAAUAUUUUCAUAGAUUUUUCAGUGUAUUUAACACAUGCAAAAUUUUUAGAAGUUUUUUAUUUAAAGCAAUGAGUAUUUAAAUAAGCUUUACUUAGUACAGUUGUAAAAAUAGAUUAUAAUCAUAAGAAAAUAUAUUAUAAAAUAUUAAAUAACAUAAAAAUAAAAAAAUAAAUACGAUAUAAAUAAUACAUAUAACAAAGAAAUAUGUGAUGUGGAGAUUACAAAUAUAUUUUCCUACUAACCUAAAUAUGUAAGAAAAGAUAUUUUGGAUUAAAAAAAAAUGUAAGUUUUACUCAUUUCUAAUUCAAUUUCUAUUUAUAUUUUUAUAACAUAGAAGUAAUAUAUUGUAAUAUAGUUAUUAAAUACAACAUUAUUUGUAAUAUAGUGUAUGAACUUUAACAAAAAAUAUUAAAGACAUAAAGUAAGAACAAAACUAAAUCACUAUUUUUUCAAUGGAAAUUAAAAUAAUGAGUGUGACUGGUAACCAUCGCAAGAACAUUAAGAAUGAAUAAAAAAUAAUGAAUAGGAAUAAAAUUUUGGGAAUGAUGAGAAAUGAUUGUUUUUUAUCAAAAUUAACAAGGAACAAUUUUGUAUUAUAAUUCUCUACAAAAAAAAAAGAAUGAAAAGGAACGAAGAGAAACAGUUAUACCUCAUAAAUAGUAAUUUUUAUAAGGAACGUUAAGGAAUGUUGUGUUCUUCUCCUCAUUCCAUUGGUCACCAGUCAUCCCCAAUAAGGCUAUAUCAAAUUAGAAAUAAUUUGUAUUAUCAAUUUGUGAUAUUAGUACAAGAUUUUAGAAUGUUUUUACUGGAAAUAAAAAAGUAAUAAGAAAAUAAUGUUUUUGGAUCAUAGUUUUGGACUAAAAUAUAUUAAAAACUCCCCUAAUUGAUAUACAAAAAAUAUAUUUUGGAUAAUCUCAUACAUAUUUUAGAUAGUAAAAAAAUUGUAAAUUUUACUCGAUUCUAAUUCAAUUUUUAUAACAUAUUAGCAAUAUAAUAUAAGAAAUAUUAAAUUAAAUGUUAUUUGAAUAAAUCCGGGCGUAGCCCGGACAAAAUCUCUAGUAAAAUUAAUGAGUGAAAAAAUAAAGGCUGUAAUAUAAACCGCCGUUACUUUUUAACGUUUUUACCAUUGCAUGGAAUUGCUAAUGAUAUAUGCUGUGGUUUGUAAUGUGUGUGGGCGUUAUUGCGACUCAAAUCGAGCGUUGUAUCAAAGGUUCGUGGUAUUGCUAUUUUAUUUUCUGGAAAAUAA